GACACGACAUCUCCGAUCUAGCAACCAAUCUAGCUACAAAAGAUAACCUGGAACAUCCAAACAUCAUUGGAAAACCCAAGUUUUGCUACGUCGCGUGACCCCACCUCCUCCUCAACGUCAUCAUCAUUUUUAUCAUCGACGUCUCUUCCAUCAAAUUUGCUACGUCGAUUCCUCCACAUCUACCAUAUGCCUAACUAUGAAUGGCAGCAAAAAAUAUAACACGAGUGGUCAUUCCACGACUACUGUAUUUAUAUCACACAGUAUGCUUGCUGUUUUGACCACCGUACUUUUUUUGGCUCCGGCUACUGGUGCCGACACGGUUUGCUCCUUUAACGGUAAUGGAACUUGCUCCGUGAACACAGAUACUGAUGGAAUUAUCGAAAUUUUGAAUGAAAAUAAUUCGACAGUAAAUUGGAAGAUUCGACCUCAAAACAUUGGGUUUAUGUAUUAUGUAACGACGUCGGGCGAUGGUGACGAUCUGAUUGUCAAGGGAAUCGUGAAAUGGAAGGUUCAACUGAAAAAUUGGUCGACAAACGAUACCGUAGUCGAGGGAUUUCUGGUGACGAUCAUGGAUCAUGAUACAAAUGAAACAGUGACUACUUAUCAGCUGACGUUGUCUGAACCUUUUGAGCAUUUUGCCGAGAGAAACGAUGUAAUGGAGAUGCGUCUGGAGUUGGAUGACGUGCUUAGUUUUGAUAAAAGAUAUGACGCAAAGAUCAACAUUCUUCCAAUCGGCAAACAAGCUGCCGCUUCAUCGUUUCUUUCGAUAAUGGGAAAACUCGAGGGAGAAAAGUGCUCAGCAAUGACUGGUUUGGCAGAGAGAUGGGCACCACAUGUCAUGGUCGAACUUUACGAGACAACGUCAGAUAUUCAGCUAUCCUGGAAAGCUGCUCCACAAUUUCUGUGCGUGAAAACUUAUGAAGUAAUUUUACAAAACCGUGAUGGUCGAAUUAUCAACACAUCUGAAGUCAAGGUCAACCUUGGGCAGAAGAUCGCAAACGCAACAUUCCAUGGGAUUGAGAGAAAUCAAAUGGUUCAAGUCAAGGUUCGCGGGAAAAAUGCGAUUGAUGGCGGAUGUGCAUGCGUCAAUUGCAAUUGUAUUACAGAUAAGACAAAGUUCUUCGUUAUACCAAGCCUUGCAAAAGUGACUCCACCGGCACCCACUUCGCCUACUGCAGUUCAUCAUGAAACGCUUAUACUCUCCCCUCUCCAGAUUUUCUUUAUUUUUACCGGAGUAGUUUCGUUGCUUCUUUUAUUGGCGUUCGGAUGGCUAUGCUGCAACAAAUAUCGCAAAACAAUCUUCAAACAGAAAAUUGCGUUUAGUGCGCUCAAAUCGUCACAGUAUCCAAACAGAAAAACGAAACCAAAGAAAGCGUUCAAAGUGAUGCUAGUAUGUCCCGAGGUGUCCGGUCGUGAUGAAGACUUCAUGAUGCGUAUUGCCGAUGCACUGAAAAAAUCUAAUAACAAAGUCGUUUGCGACAGAUGGUUUGAAGACUCGAAAAACGCAGAAGAAAAUAUGUUGCAUUGGGUUUACGAACAAACAAAAAUUGCUGAAAAGAUCAUCGUUUUUCAUUCUGCAUACUACCAUCCACGGUGUGGUAUCUAUGACGUCAUUAACAACUUCUUCCCGUGUACCGAUCCGCGAUUGGCUCACAUUGCUCUCACUCCAGAAGCACAGCGAAGUGUGCCGAAAGAAGUUGAAUACGUAUUGCCUCGUGAUCAGAAACUUCUAGAAGAUGCAUUUGAUAUCACUAUCGCUGAUCCACUUGUCAUAGAUAUUCCUAUCGAGGACGUGGCAAUUCCAGAAAAUGUGCCCAUUCAUCAUGAGAGCUGUGACAGCAUUGACAGUAGAAAUAACUCAAAGACGCAUAGUACAGACUCGGGUGUCUCAUCAUUGUCAAGUAAUAGCUCACAUUCAGGAGGAGAUAAUGAGACUCUGACAAGUGGUAUGCCAACUCAUUUGAGAGAUCUAAACAUCGAAGCCCAUCCUCUACUUCGACAGCCCGUAGAAGUUGUGUAGCACAUUUUGAACAUGUGAGCCUGUACAAAAGCCAUAAUACUUCUCAACUACUAUCAUCGUCAUCUCUCCGUCACCAAUGAUCUCUACUCAAAACGGUUAUGGACGGUUUUUUUGCAUAAGGAUUCAACUAGCCCUACACGAUUGCUUUGAUCUCUGUACAUUUUUGCGUUUAAUAUGGAUAUUUGCUUUUUAAUGGAUUUUCGAUCUUCUACUUUUAUUGUUGAUUUUUCUGGUUUUGUGGGGGUUGUGUACAAAUUUUGUUUAUUUGUUGUCGGUAACCACGGGUACCAUAUUAUGUGAAUCGUUUAUCAUCGUAUUAAAUCAUGUAUACAUGCAUUGUACAGAGUUUUUGAAUAUAAUAAAUGAACAUGACGUC